AGAGUCUUAGAUUUCUGCAAAAUGCAUGUUUAUUACAAAUCAGCUCAAUUAAAACUGUUUUAUUGUAAACCAAAAUGAAUGAAUUUUUAAGACGAGAAAAAUUUUUUAUUAUGUUUCCUAGUAAAACAGCUUAAAAUAAAUUUGUUUUGGCAUCAAUCAGACGUUUUGUAACAGAAGUUUGAAUGAAUAAAACGGAAUACGUGAAGGUGGAUUAUUAUGAAUCAAUGAAAGAAACUCAUUGGGAUCCUAUAUUUCGAGGACUGACUCAACGACUUUCAAAUCGUCUAACAGAAAUAUGUUACUCGCGAACAAAUUUACCAAAUGAUCUCUGGUUGUUUGCUAAGCUAGAAAAAAUUCAGCUUAAAAAUGACAUAAACCGAGAAACCAACUGCAAUCUCAGUAUAAACAAUAAUGGAACAUACUCACAAAUUCAUCUAUUUCUCAAACGCUUAGGUACAAAUAUUACUGCAGAACUUGAAUCUACACAUUCCACACAAGUAAGGGUCCAAAAUAAUGGUCCUUUACUAAAUGCUAAACCAAAAGCGUCAUACGUUUCAAAAGCUUAUAUGCACAUAAAACAAGCUACACAACAAACUUCUAACUGUCUAAGUACUUCACAGAAUUCACUCCUACUCUCACCAAGUGUUUCUCAAUUAAUACCUGUUCAACCAUCACACUAUUUUAGAUCAAAUCCAUUUGCUCAAUCAUUGCAGAAUAUGCCUUCAAUAUCUAUAUCUCACAGUCCAUUGAAGUUAGAUAUCAUUCAACUGAACGAUAUUUUGCUAUUACUCAGCAAUCAUAUGAAAUUGGCUCCAACUAUUCUAAACCCAUUGGCUUAUACAAAUACUCAGGUUAACAAUGACCUAUUAACCCUUUCAAAUAUAUUAAUUUUAAAUAACUUAUGCACUAUUUCAAACAGUGCCUUAUCAACACAUCCAUUCAUCAUUGCAACAAGAACAGAAAGACAAAAUCAUAGGAAUUCCUAUGUUUUACUUCCAUGUUUAGACUAUCAACAUCCUUUUAUUGAAACACCAAACAUUAUGAUGUGCAAAAAUCUUCUACAUGCUAACUAUUUACCACAACAGAAUUCUAAGAAAUUAUUAGUUACACCGUUCAACAUAUUCAGUUAUAUUCUAAAUGAUCAAAGCAAUGUUUUUGAAAAUAUACUGCCAACAACUUCCAACAAUUUUUGGAACAAUUCACAUUUGGAAAGUGAUUUUCCGAUUAAUUCAAUGUCAGUAAACUUCAUUCCAAAUAAUACAUCGAAAAUAACCAAUUUAUCAAAGAUAAUAAGUAAUCAUAAUUGUAUAAUUUAUUCUACACCAUUUCCUCAGCUGGCUACUGUCAAUGUCAUGUCUCCUAAUUUAACUACAGUUGAACAGUUGAAUUUAAGCCUAAAAAGUCAACCGAUACCAGAUAUUGGACAGUAUCAUCUUGAUAUACUAUUUGUACAAGAUGAGGCCAAAACUAGAUUUAUGUGUACAAAGUGCACACGUGAAUGGACAUCCAUGAAAGGCUCCAUAUCAUUUCUGGUCAUUCUGUCCACCUAUGCCAUUGGACCAAUUAAUUUUGAUUGUUGGAUAGUUAAUCCUGGAGCUAAUGUUUUCUUUGAAAUCUUCCCACAAGUAUGCUCUUCUUGUCAAAAUAUCUGUGAACCGAAAUGGUAUCCUGAAGAAAUAGAUAAGGUGAUACGUAAUUUAUUCGUUGAAAUUCAUCAUAACUUUUAUCAGUCUGCUAUCAAAUGGGAUGAUCAUUGGGACAGUAGGAGGAGAGAUGGUAAACCAGCUGGUCCACACAAUUCACAAAAGUGUAUAGCAUGUCAAAAUGGAUUGUGCCAUGGGACUUCUACAAGCGUAGUAUUUCAGCAGAAUGCUUCAGAAAAUAACAAUACCAAAGACAAAGCUUCAAUGACAAGCAAUAAUUCACCAUCAGCAGCAUCAUCACCAUUAUAUCAACCAAAUAGUAAAGAAAAUUGCAUAGUUGACAGUUUUUGUAGAUCACCUUCAUGUAAACGUCGAGCGGUGGAAUAGAGAAAAACUCAGUUUCAUCAAUUUUGAUAACCCAACAGUUCACAUUGUGUAAGAUUCUUGCUUUCUUUUAGAGAUAAAGAUAAACGCCGAAGAAAAAGCUUUCAUUUUAUCUAAAUACUUUGUAUCAAUAAACGUUUUUUGUU